GUAACUUUGGGGAAAGUAAGAAUCCAACACCAAAGUAAUUACAAGCUCACUUGGAGAUCUCUCGAUUACAAAUCUAUUGAGGACUGACCGAUUCACACUGUCAGCUUUGAGAAUGGAGUUUCAGAAAAUAUUUGUGAUGAGUCUUAUCCUUUUCCUGUCCGGAGUUAGAGCUUGGACUGGUGAAAUUCAUGGCAGAGUUAUUUGUGAUGUAUGUGGUGAUUCUUUCGUAGGACCUGAAGAUCAUUCUCUAGAAGGUGCUGAGGUAGCUGUUCUAUGCUUAACAAAAUCUGGGGAGGUUCUCAAUUAUCAAGCAUUUACAGAUUCUAAUGGAAUAUAUACUGUAGCAGAGACAAUGCCAGAGAGGGAUAGAUGGGAUGCAUGUUUAGCAAGACCCAUAAGUAGUUUCCAUGACUACUGCACUCAUCAUGGAGACACCAAAGUAGGGAGUAAGUUCACGUACAAUCUUCCAUCUGGUUAUUCACACACUGUCAGACCUUUCUUGUAUCAGCCUGCAAAAGUUCCAAUGUACUGCCUUUAAAAAUAUCAUAGAUAAGAACAGUACAAAUAGUUGAAGUACACAAUUUGGUUCUAUGAAAACUAAGAAGUUGUGAAGAUAUUGAAAUUUACAUAGCAAAUAUAUUUGGGUUCACCAAUUAGAUAAUAAAUCAUUAUCUAUUUAUAUCA